CGAAACUCUUUGUUCAAAAGUGGGACCCACGACCAUCAGAUGUUAAACGGAAACCAAACAAAAAUAACGAGUUAUGAUCUCUCUCGAAGUUUUCUUCCCCGGCGACGGCAAGACAAUUCCGAUUUCUUGAAGUCCUGAGACACAACAUUUUCCUACUCUUCUUCUUUCGUCUUUCUUCUCGCCCUACACCUGCCCGGGCCAGGGUGAGAGCUAGAAGAUACUAGACAGAGCGGAGGGUCAAAGGCGGCGAUUACGAAAUGCACCGAUCGCUUAACUGUUAUUGCAGAACUCUAAUAAACGCCGUUCGACUACCUAUUCUACCGGCCAGAACCUUAACAGAUGCUUUUUAUUCCUCGACGCCCCGGCAACAUCAAAAGCGGCUUUCCAAGGCACUGAUAGGCUCUCCGGCUCGAAUCCAGAAGCUCAUCGCCUCUCAAAAAGAUCCAUUUCUUGCCAAAGAAAUCUUCGACCUUGCCUCUCUCCAAACCAAUUUCCGACAUUCUUUCUCUUCCUUCCACACUCUCAUCUGCAAACUCGGUCGCUCUCGCCACUUCUCUCUCAUGGAAGAUCUUAUCCAUCGCCUCAAAUCAGAACGUUAUUCCGUCACUCCUGGUCUCUUCUCCGAUAUCAUACAAAUCUAUGGCGAAGCAAAAUUGCCCGAGAAAGCCCUCAAGACCUUCUACAGUGUGCUCGAAUUCGACUGCAAGCCCCUCCUCCCCAAGCACCUCAAUCACCUCCUCCUAGUCCUCGUUAGCCACCGAAACUAUCUCCAUACAGCGUUCGAUCUCUUCAAGAGCUGUUCCGACGGGUUCGGUAUCUCGCCCAACACCAAAAGCUACAACAUCAUGAUGCGUGCUUUCUGUCUAAACAAUGAAUUAAGCAUCGCCUACAACCUGUUCAAUCAAAUGUUUAAGGGAGACAUUUUGCCAGAUGUCGAGUCCUACCGGAUUUUGAUGCAAGGUUUGUGUAGGAAGAGUCAGGUUAACAAGGCGGUUGAUUUGUUGGAAGAUAUGCUGAACAAGGGAUUUGUGCCAGAUGCAUUGACUUACACCACUUUGCUAAAUAGCUUGUGUAGGAAGAAGGAACUGAGGGAGGCAUAUAAGCUUCUUUGCAGGAUGAAGGUGAAGGGAUGCAAUCCUGAUAUUGUCCAUUAUAAUACUGUUAUCUUGGGAUUCUGUAGGGAAGGGAGACCACUUGAUGCUUGUAAGGUUCUUCAGGACAUGCCUUCUAAUGGUUGCAUUCCCAAUCUGGUGUCUUACAGGACUUUGGUUGGUGGGUUAUGUGAGGCAGGGAUGCUUGAUGAGGCAAAGAAUUAUUUACAGGAGAUGAUAUCAAAGGGUUUUUCUCCACACUUCUCGGCUUUUCAUGCUCUGGUUAAGGGUUUCUGCCACAUUGGUAGGACAGAUGAUGCUUGUGGGGUGCUUUUGGAAAUGCUCCAACACGGGGAAGCUCCGCAUAUGGAUACUUGGGCAGAAAUUGUUCCAAGAACCUGUGAUACACUUGAAUUGAUGAGAUUGGAGGAAAUAUUGGGGAAGAUUAUGAAGGUAGACAUAAACCGUGACACAAGGAUAGUGGAAGCAGGUGUUGGUUUGGAGGAGUAUGUAAUCAGGAGGAUACAGGCCAAAACAUGGAGGGCUUGAUCAUUCUGUGAUGUUGGGAUUAUGAGCUUUCUUGAACGUCAAGGAAUCUGUGAUUGUUAAUUCCAGUGGUUCUGAGCUUCACCAACUGCUGCAGCAGUCUUCCAAAUAACAAAACAAUGGCAAGUUAAAUGAGCAAUCCCCAUUAAAUUUUGAUGUAGAAGAGAUGGUCACUUUGAAAGGAUGUAUCGAACUAGUUGAACUGAAGUAUUGAAGCUUAGGAUCAACACCAUUAUGGCUCCUUGUGGAGAAUGCAUUGUAGCUUUCUUCUCUGGAUUAAGGUGGUUCAGAUAUGUCACAGUUCUGGGAUUAUUUCAAGUUGAAGAUAAAGUUGGGAAUGGCGAGUGCACUGGAAACUCUGUGAGGGAGAGCAUGUGGAGCGAGCCAAUACUAUAUAUAAGUCUAAGAUGAGCAAAUCGCAAGGUGGGAGGGACCAAUCGCAGGUGGCUAAUCCUUGAGAUGUUUUCCUUCAUCAUAUCCUCCUGCCAAAUGUAUCUGUCUGCAUGGAGUGAAACUUGAUCAUUGCAUACUUGGCAUCAGCUGCGCUUGCAAUUCAUUGUUUUCUUUCACAGCUUUUGACAUUGAAGUACAAGUGAGGAAUUCCUGGUGCAGUGACAUCAACUAUCUGUCUAUCUUAGCG